CUUUACUGUCAGUUGAUUUUACUUUGUUUUGAGAAACAUCACACAUGGUAGGUCGAUCGGGACAAAGAGAAUUGUGUUUUGUGUAGCACUCCCGCAUGCUUAGUCAAUGUUUUUUUAAGUAUCGCUUGUUGUGUCAACUGUCAUAUCACGUUCGAUCUUGAAAAGUUGAAAACAGUGUUUAAAUGCAUCCCCGAAGGGUUGUGCAGUGUCAACAGCAACUCAGAAAGAUAUUAAUUGGUGUAACAAGAGAUCUAGUGUCUUGUUAGCAGCCAAACUCAUUUGUCAGACAAGCCGCUUCUUAUCAUUACAAUUAUAAAAUUGUCUCUCGGAAUUGAAACCUUUAUGUGGAUAAUUAGGCUUAUCAAUAAAGACAAAUGUCUUAAACAUUUUGAAUAAUUUUCUAUUUAAAGUUUUAAGAUAAUUAUUUAAAAAUGUCAAUUUAAUCAUGCAAAAAGAAUAAUUAUGCAUAUCUUAAAGCAAACAAACAAAAACAAAAAGCACCUGUAUGGCAACGCUGUUAGGUGCAUUUGAAUAAAAAUGAAAAUCCAUCGCCAGUUUUUGCAUUCACCAACUGUAAUUUGAAUAUUGUCAAUUAGUGGUUAUUUUAGCCACUGUGAGCACAUUAACGAAAUAUUACAACGUAACUUGCAAAUACGCGUUUGCUUAUGAUUAAAUAAACUUCAUAAUUCAGUUGUCCAUAAAUAUGCAAGGGCAAUCUAAAUAAAUGUAACCUUCACCAAUUAUUCAAAUUCCUUUCUUUAAGCAUCUGCCAAAGUGUCAAGUUUUUUAUUUAUUUUCUUUUAGGCUAUUACUAAAUAUUAUUUUAUUAAUAUCACACUCUGUCGUUUCUAAGCUUGAAAAUAAUUUAAUGUAACAGAGCUGUAAGUCUUAGCAAUAAAUAAUACAUUAAUAAGCCGAGACAUGUGGGGUUGAAACUAGACGUAUUAAACAGCUGAACCCCCACUGUCUUCCGUGAUUAAUUGAUCGUUUCCUAGGAAUGUUUUAUUUGUAACUUCACCCCAUUAAGAACUUCGUUUAGAGAGUGAUUCGAUUCCAGCCAACUGGGAAGCUCCGUUCACAUCGAGCCAAUCGGGAUGUGGUGUCACACACCGUCUCCUGAUUGGCUCUCUGCGAAGGGGAGCUUCCCCAUUGGCUGUGCCAGAUUUGCUGCGCGGAUCUUAGAGUUGAAAGGCUGAGAGAGACUCACCACAUUUCAGUGACAGAUCAGGUAGUCUAAAUGUUGCUGACUGAAAAAAAAUUGAAAGUGGCCUAAUUUACUUUGUAGCAGCGCAUCUUAUCGCUUCAGCACCUCUGGGAGAGGAGAAAACUAUAAAGACUAUUGGAUAUUCACUCAUCCUUUAUUGGUCUGCUUUGGAAAGCAUCUAUUUACACGCGUCCUGAAAAUGACGGAUCUGUCGGGCACGGAGUUUGAGAUCGACGUGGAGGGCCUGGAAACAGAGAGCGACGAUCAGGCGGUGUUCACCGGCACCGGCGAGGACGAAGCGGGGUCCAAAGACGACGACAAACCCAGCCGCUUAAACCUCGGGUCUGGAGACCAGCGCAAACUGAGCCGCACUCCGAAAUGCGCCCGCUGUAGGAACCACGGCGUAGUGUCUUGUCUUAAGGGGCACAAGAGAUUCUGCCGAUGGAGAGACUGCCAGUGUGCAAACUGCCUUCUGGUGGUGGAGAGACAGCGCGUAAUGGCUGCUCAAGUGGCCCUGCGGAGACAGCAAGCGACAGAGGACAAAAAGGGAAUAUCUGGAAAGCAAAUACCAGUGGAAAGACGAAGUAUCUAUCAGCGACACAUCCGUCCAUCGACCAUGCUGGCAAAAAGUAUUUUAGAAGGAUAUCGUCCCGUGCAAAAUGACCCAUUUCUAGGUGCCAGUCCCGCUUUGCCCCCUCCACUGAGCGACCGCAUGAGAAAGAGACGAGCUUUUGCCGACAAGGAGCUGGAGACUAUUAUGCUAGAACGAGAAUAUAAAGAACGGGAGCUUCUCGAGUCCAGCCAGUCCAGCUCUGCCUCACUUUUCCUUCCCGGCAAUAUGGUCCAUGCUUCUGAGUAUAACUCCUACAAGACAGCCUUCUCAUCCUCCUCGGCCCCAUCCACGGUUGAACCUUCUCCCAAAGAACUCUGCGGCUUUCUGCCUGGCUGUCUGGAUCUCUCCCUGCAGUAUGCUGCCACAGGUGGGACGACAGCUAACGUGGAGCUCAUCUCCUCAAACGUCAGCGUAGCGACCACCUAUCGCCAAUACCCGCUCUCGCCGCGUUUCGUAAUGUGGCCGAGGGGCAGUAGCAGUAUUAGCGAUGCCCUGUUAUACCAGCAGUGCCUCUUGAAUGCCACUGCAGUCCAGAACUUGAAACCUGGAGCUGUUUGGGAUCCAAAGAUGAUGAGCUCCACGGAGAGCCACCCGCCAGAGCAUGAGGCAGCCGCGUCCAGGCUUGAGGGCUCUCGAGUGGCUCCAGAGCCCUGUGACCUCCAGCCGGGGCCCAGAGAGGCUCAGACAAGACUCGGCCAGAACGGAAGUGCCCGUUCAGCCUUCUCGCCUCCUAAGAGGGCGUAUGGACAAGCUUUCCCAAAUGUAUCUCCACAUGCAGGGAGCCAUGAGCAUGUGAUCAACAACAUGAGCAAAGACGCUGCCAAGCACACGCUGUCCAUGAAGCUCAACUCCUUCCAUUCGCUCAUACAGCAGACACUCAAUGACAAGAAUGCGGAGAUGAAUGGGCCGUACUGUAAGGAACUGCUAGAGGAAGCGGCAAAAAAGUUCAGGGAGGGUACAGCCAAAGACACAGUGGGACUCAAAAGCUCAGAAAGAGCAGGAAAGGACUUUGUAGCAAAGCCAUGGAGCACCAAGGUCACUGCAGGAGAGUCUCUGUCGUUCUCAGUGGAGGCCAUAUUAAAAAGACCUGCGCUUUCUUUAAAUCGGACAUCUCAGUAAGGCUUCCUGCUAAAAGGAAAAAAAAGAAGAAUUUUAAAAGUAGAUGCUUACUUUCUACUGAUUGUAUAUUUAUUCACACACACAUAUUUGGACAUUUAGAAAAAGAAAUGUCAGAAAAAUGAUCCUUGCAUUAAUCUAAGCAGCAAUGCUGUUUUUUUUUUCACACGUCUGUAUAUAUAAAAAUGUACAUACCAUUUAAGACAUGCAUGUUGUAUAUUAUAAUACAUUAUAAUGUGUAGAUUAUUUAAAUGUAAAUGUUAAUUUUGCUACUUUAAACGUGUCAAUAAAAUGAAAUUUUUAAAUAUUUUAA